GUGACAGAGUAGCUUCAUCCUCGACCGACUUCGAAACGCCAAAGGUUUCGACCGUAACUCUACUCUGUGUCGUGUGGAUGCUGGUAUCUGCGGAAAGCGGCUAUACAAUCAAUUCGGAACAAUGGCGAAGGCAAAUAAGUUACAAUUAGGUUUCGUUGUAUACGUUGCCGCCCUAUCAGCGAGUCAAGCGGCUCCUCCGUCGCGGUUACAUUGGACUGUUCCACCAGUGCGCGCAGCUCCAGCGUUUGAAGAUAAUUUAUUUUCUCCGACAGUUGGCAGGUCAAUGCGUGAAAACGACGCCUAUCUCGAAGGUAACUCAGUCCAAAAUAACGGCCCAUUCAAUGAGGGGGCCUACUCAUUCUCUUACGACGUUCAGGCCGAAGAUGGAGGACAUUCGCGUCAGGAGACUAGAGAUGCCAACGGUACAAUUACAGGUAGCUACACAAUUGCCUUAGCUGACGGCCGUCGACGAACUGUGGAAUAUAUUGCUGAUGCGGACGGUUUCCGCGCCCGGAUCAACACGAAUGAACCUGGAACAGGAGAUGACGCGCCUGCCGACGUGCAAUGGAAUUCAUCAGCAGAACCGACUACUCCUGUUGCACGACCACCUGACGCUCAACCCGGCGCUAUCGGCGAACAACAGCCCCCGUCUGAUCAAAAAAAGCCGUUCAUUGAGGACACCAGGCCGCCAACUCAUAUCACGUCGCGCCUGCCCACAGCUCAACAACCUGUCGAAACUGUUGCGUUAAUUCCCAUUGCAACAUCCCCCGGUGAUCCGGAUGAGCCUCGUUCACCUCAUCAUCCGCCUCGCGAUUUCCUUCCCCCGAACCCCCCCAGCACGACCCAGCGCGCGCCUGCGCAGCCCAUCAACAUUGUUUGGGCCCAACCUAUCGCCUUCGCCUCAGCCCCCUGGCAACCGUAUUUCAGCACUUACCCGUCCGGCAUCGUUCAAAUACGGGCCCCUUAUUCGAUUAUUAAGAAGAAGAAGUAGGUUCUUGGUGGGGAUCAUUCAAAGAUACUUUUUUUUCACAAAAGUGUAGAACCGGGCAUUUAAUUGGCGAUGCUGGCUCGCCUCAAGGGAUUCAAAUAGACCCUCUUGUGGACUGUUCAUGUGCCUGGGCAUUUUUAAUGAAAACAAAAGAAAUGUACAACAAAAAAAAAAUAGCACGUAGCAGUACAAUAUUAGUGAAUGCUCAUGUGAAAUUUCCUGAUUGUAUAUACGAGCUACAGAACUGCUGCUUCUUUUCUGAAGACAUUAACAGCGAAAAAAAAAGCGUGAAUGCGUGAGAGAGAAAAGGUUUGCGUGGCACACUUGGGACGCCGGAAAAAAACUUCAUUUGAUAUAAUUAUCCAUACUGUUGAAGAAGCCCUUUUCUUUCGAAAUACUACACAUCUGUACAUUUUCUCUGUAAAAAAAUGGAUCCCCAACAAUAAACCUAGUUUUAAAUCCGUGUUUUCGGUGAAAGAUAACAGAUGCGCGGGAUAAAUUCAAACAACUCUGUUUGCCAGUUUUAAAAAAAAGUCUCUAUGCAGAAUAAAUAUGGCUGUCAAGGACGAAUGCAAAGAGACCGAAUUCAGGAGAAUUAUUACACUCACUCACGAAGUUACGGAUACUGUGUGCAGAAUUGUUCUUCAUUUUUUAUCCAGCGAUGAAAAAAAAAUCUGCAACUGUAGGAAUGCGUCAUAAUGCGCCUUUUCCCGGUUCAACUCCGGAGUAACCGUUCCUAACUCCUUAAAGCUAAAAACCGCUUACUUGAGUCUGCUCGAACUAACUUUCUCCUAUAAGACCAAAUUAUUAAAAAAAAUUGCAGUUACUCUUAUGACAGUUUGUGUUUCCGUCAAAAGGAUAAAAAAUAGUUACUAUAUUCCGCUAUUCGCCAAUUGUAGAUUAUGAUAAAAUAGAGAAUCUUUCUUGCGCUCAAAAUCCCUGUAAUGAACCCGAUUUUUUAGCACUUCCUUCUCCACUUUUCUUGAAAACACUUAUUGGUUGGUGCAUUCAAAUUAGGCAAAACUUUGAUGGGCGUAUACACAUACGUUCCUUUGCUGCUCCUAGUACCAGACCCUAAAAGCCAGUACUUUCUAGCGUAAAACAACAAACUCGUUAUGGCAAACAAUGGUGGGUCGUUUUAGAUAUCUGAGCAAAGAUCAACUACUAUCAAAGGUUUUUGCAAUUGACCAAUCUUCACUAAAAAAGCUUUUUUUUUCUUUGAUCCAAACCAACGACCCGCGUUACGGUCACUUCUCAUAGGGCCUCUGAGACAUUCAAGAAAGAUCUUUAUUAAGAGCCAUUUAAGAUAGGAGAAUACCAAUUUCUAAUAUGGACGUUCAGGUAAAUUUUAAUAAUUAGUCUUUUUGACAUUUUCUACGUUUUUCACAACCUUUUGCAUUUUUUGGAACCUUUGUCCUGCUAUCAGCCUAAUAUUUUAAGCCGUUGAAUUUUUUUUGUAUUCAACUUAUUUGGAUGAUUAACCAAUUAGUUCAGCGCGUUUACACCUGCCAAUAUCGCUUGACGCACGAUUGAUAUUGAAUUACUAGCGGAUUGAAGAACAAUUAUAUUAAAAACAAUUCAGUUAGUGGUCGAAGUCCCGAAUCGAAAAUGUAACUGCGAUGGAUAGCUAUAACCAAUGUGACCAUCGGAGAUAACACUUCCCGAAAAAAACUCGUUUAAAUCUCUGCUUUUGUUUAGAUGCGGUUAUAGAAAUAAAGGAUAACUAACGAUAAUUUAGACCCUA